UGGCAUGCUUUCUCUCAAGUUCAGAUGGAUGCAGGAUCCACGAAGUUGGUCAUUUCUCCCUUCCUUCCAAUUUUUGCAACAAAGUAUUUCCCCUUUGACAUCGGGCUUCGGUCCCCCUUUUGCCUUUUGCAAAUUACACCCUUUCAUCCGAGUUGUCAAGUGCUCUCUCGAUCAUAACCUUCGACUAGCUUUCCAACCCAGUAAAACAUGGGCAUUUUAUGCAAGUUGUUAGAAAAGAGUUCCGCAUGAGCCAUGAUUUACCCGUGAGGAAGUGAAGGUGGAGAAGAACUGCAGUAUACAAAAAUAAAGGGUUUAGGAUUUGGAUGCACAACGGGCUGCUGCUGCAUAGCCCAUGGUCGUAGGUUGGCAGAACUGCAGAAUACAUCGUGUGAGAACUUUUGCCAGCAGCCGUUGUCUCUUCUUCUCAGUCCAACUCGAGCAGCGAUCAACGCCACAUCAAACCACCACCACCCACUCCGUCAGCCACCCACACCAUCAGGAAUCAGCAAACCACGAUUUAAAUUUAACCUAGCUAAAUAGUGCACUUGAAAAGUAACUCGUUAAGUAUCACCAUUUUGUCUUGUUCUCAUCCCUGUGCUCCACAUUCAUCGUACCUUCUUACCAGAGUCAAUCCGAGUAUAGUGGUCCACAUUGAGGACUCUGUAAAAUCAAGUUAAUGCUAAUUACCCCUCCUCUCCUUAAUUAUUUUACACAUUAAGUCCAAGAAUAAUUAAGGUUCUCUGUCACCAUUAAAAACCCGUAAUAUGAGGUUCAUCUACAUGUAAAUUACAUACAUUACGUUUGAGCUUCUGCUGCAGUUCAUCAAAGUUUCUCCCAACUCAUCUCUCGCUUUGUACAUGCAAAUGUACGUGUAAGCAUUACACCUGCGUAUGAAUGAAUUACAAGUGUGCUUUAAGUAAAAUAUAUAAAAAAUAAAGUCCAAAAAUAUUGAGUCUAACCAGCAUAUUCAAAUUAUCCAUGACUUUCUGUGAACUUUUGAGAGAAAAGUAAACCAUUUGAGAGAGAAAGUUUGUGCAUCCUGUAGAGUGAGACAUUGAGACAUUGUUGUCGAGGGAGGUCCGCGUACUCCGUGUGUGAUGGAUCCCGGUGGAGACUUGGUCGUGGGGGAGGAGGGGCCAGCCCUCAGUUCAGUCCCUACGACUGACACUUCUGCCGCCGCCUCCGAGACGCUCCUCACGCCCGGACAGGAGAGUGUCGACACAUUGGACAAAGGCGCCUUAUCCCCUCUGACCGGCUCCUACCUUCUCAUCGUGCUGGCCGAACCUCAUUCCGAAGAGGAUCGCGAGAUCAUUAUCAAGAGACUGAUUAAAGGACUUAGAUCAUGGGAUUUGAAUUCAACCCAUGUGGACUUAAGCUGUGAGUUACUCAACCUGGGAAACGCUGCCCCCGAGAGUGAUGAAGCCCGAAAUGGUGAAAAGUUGGUGCAGUGGGCCUCAGAAAACUUGGUGGUUGAAGUUUUAAUUCACUGCCAAGUAAAUACAUUGUUGCAAUGUAUGAAGAAUUUGCUCUCCUCGUUUACUCGACAUAGACACAUUAUUCAUGCCGGAUACACGUUCCAAGGGUCUGGCUCCUGGAUUCUUCAGGACGGGACUUUCUCCUUUGCCGACUUUGUUGAGCUGUGGGACGAGCCUGAAGUGCACAGAAUUCUUGCCGCCUAUCGUGGGGACAUUUCUCUCUCGCUUCACUGCGCCGAAGAAAACGGAUGGACUGAUGAGCAGUUGAGGCGAGAAUCCUUCACUAAAUUGUGCCAAGUUUCCACAAAUCCUGGGGAAAUAAUAACCGGUCAUUCUUCUGGAAUAAUUUCCUUUGUUGACUACAUUUCGAAAAUGGUGCAACCCGCCUCACUGAAAGAGAUUUUAAAAUCUUCGGAAAUCGUGGGCAACAUCAGGUUUAGUCAUCCAACGCUUUACAUAUUUCCGGGAGGCAACGGCGAUGCUGCACUUUUCGGAGUAAAUGGUUUCAACAUGUUGAUCGAUGGAGGGUUCUCUCGCCAUGCUUGUUUCUGGGACUUUACCAGACAUCUGGACCGGUUGGAUGCCGUACUUCUCACCCGAGUCAACAACAACUCGAUGGCUGGUUUGGACUCACUCAUGGAUCGAAAGAGGAUAAAUCAAGUGUACCCACAAAUUGGUCACUUUUUUGGAAAUGUGAUGGAACGGAAGCGUCCUCAAGCAGAGGGGGUGGGAGAUAAGGAUUCUUCAAAGUCUUCAUCCUCGGGUGACCUACUCGUUAGCCUUACAGAGACUGGAGCUCGCAUUUUAGACAAUUUGAAGAACAUCAAUUUACGCCCACAACACUGUUUUCGUGAACAUGCCAUCGAUCCCGUGAAUCUUUAUCAUAAAGUCGGACACGGCAAAUUAGACAUGUAUGUGCUGAAUCCGGCCAAGGACUCGAGAGAGGUGAAGGAAUUUCUGAGCAAGUGGAACACGGAUUGCAAAUCCUUUGUCCAGGCCAGAAUGAGCGUGAAAGUUGAGGGGAAAGAGAGCAACUACCCGGUCCUUAACCUAGUCUCUAUCUGUGCCCUUCUUGUGUGGCAACCGGACAACCCCAAAGAGCCUAUUACAAGAAUACUUUUCCCUGGGAGUACACCGCAACAAAAGAUCUUUGAAGCACUUGGAAAACUGAAACACUUAGAAUUCCUCAAGUACCCAAUAUGUUCUGCAAAGACGAUCGCCGCCUCGCACAAGUCACGGGCUAAAUCAGAAAGAAUUGUUUCAGAAGCAAGAGCCCACUUGAGAAGCGGAGAAACACCGUCUGAUUCCGUAAAAGUGUCCAGAGCCCCAUCCGAAUCUCGAGUGACCUCCUCCACGUCCACCAGAUACUCGUCCUCGCUGUACUCAGGGGUGCGGAGCAAGGUCACUUCGUCUCAACGCAGUGAUUCAUCCACCACCAUUCAGACAGCAGAAGAGAAGGACAAGGAGAAAGAACUCAAGGGCAGGGAGCGAUCCAGGGAAAAGAAAAAGAUAACCACUUCCUCCACCACCAAAGACGUCAAGGACAAUAAAGUUAUUGAGGAAAUUAAAAAAUCUUCCUCGACUACAACAGCUUCAUCAAAAAGUCGCACUGAUUCGGGAAUUAAAUCAAAUACGACAAGAUCUCGAUCAAAAUCGAAAUCGAAGGUUGCAACCAAACCGAAAGUUGAUUCUGGAGUAGCCAAGAAAAUUUCACCAUCUGAUGUAACCAGUCCACCUUCCACGGCCCUCAGUGGAACGGUUACGCCUAAAGAACCAAGUUCCAAUAUUAAAAAAUCUGGCAGUACUAACAAGUACGGAACAACUAAUACUGGGCGCGCGUUGGUAUCAAAAUCUAGUACAACUGUUUCAGCUCCUGCUCCAGCUACGGCAACACCUCCAAAAUCUGCCAAAGAUGCUACUAAUCGAAAAGUUAUUGAACACAAGGGAUCAUCAUCAUCCACCACAAACACAGUCAGUCAGAGGAAGUCAGUUUUAGACAAGAGUAAGGAAUCCACCGCAAAAUCUACAGUCACAACCUCAUCAAAACCUCCACCUGCACCAAAGGCAGCAAAAUCAUCCUCCACUGCACAGCGACCAACAACUGCCGCAGCAAGUCGAAAACCAGGACCAAUGCCCUCUUCAGGAAAUGCAAAUGCAAUGCCUGUCAAAAGACCAGGGACCGCUGCAACAAAAGCAGCCGCGGCUGCAGCGACAAGCGCAGCAGUUUUAGGAGUAGCUGCAGCAGUUGCAGUAACAACUUCUGGUGGUGAUACCGAAGAAGAAGUAGCAAACGAAGAAGUAAUUGGUCAACAAGAAGGCGAAGAACACGAUAAACUUACCGUUGAUGCCGACGAUACGAUGGACAAGGAUUCCAUUGAGGAGGAACUGAUCCUUAAACCCCACACUAACGGCGUAUUGGGCCUUUCUUCCAGCGUGCCGGUCACAGAGUCCAGCUCCGAAUUCAGCUCGCUUGAACAUGUCAUUGAUUAUGACGUGGAGGCUGAGGCAGUUUCUGAGAGGAAUGGUCACUCACAAUCUUCUCUCCCAGAAACUGAAGUUUCCGAAGUUUCUGGCUCUGAAGACGUUGAGACCGUGGAGUCCAAGACCGACCGUGUGGCAGUAGGUCCUGAGUCAGAAACUCACACGAUCACAGAACCAGGAGGGCAUGAUGGAGAUCAAGAUGCCGGUUAUGAUGAGGAGGACGAGUAUCUCAUUGUUGAAAAGGAAGAGAGCACUGGUGGGGAAGAAAUUGGAGGUGGUGGAAAAAUUGGUAACGAGAGUUACUAUGAAGAAAAGGAAGUUCUGGAGGAGAAAGAAGUAGCUAAGGGUGAAAGUGAGGGUGAAAUCCUGGAGGAGGAAAGCUCAAUCCCUGAGGUAGAGAGGGCGAGAAAGAGCGUAGAUCUCACUGAGCAAAGUCACAUUGACCACGAUACCCAUACUGAAGAGAUUGUAAAAACCGGAUCUACUUCAGAAAUGAAGGACCAGGAAUUACCUUCAUCCCUUCAGGAUGACACGGCACUCGAUUCAAAUGAAAUAUUGUCAAAUCAACAAGAGACCAAACCCCAAGACCUUGGCGGAGCAGAGGAAGAUGAUAAAUGUCCAGAGUCCCCAUGUCCAUCCCCAGACAAUAAGGAUCGACUUUUAGAGACACCUAAUUUUGAAAAUGAGGAAGGACCCGUGUCUCCUGCACCCUCUCCAGACAAGGAAAAAACGACAGAAGAAGUUCAACAAGAAGAACAACAACGUUUUCCUCCCUCCAGUUUCUCGGAUCUAGAAAAAGAGGUUCAAGACCAAAUUAACAAUGCUAACUCCGUGGAAGAGAUAUCCCAAGAUAUCACCACGUUCGAGAAAAUCAUGGGAGAAGCAACGCUUUCCAAACUUGAGGAGAAGGUCGAAUCUCGUGCUCUCACUGCUGCUGCUAGCACUGCCCCAGAAGACGAUGAUGAGGUGAAAAAGGAGGAGGGUGAGAUCACCUCGGUAGAAGAGUUUCAGAAUAAAGAUGUGACUUUGGAGAAGAAAUCCGACCCGGAGAAAGUUGUAGAAACUAAAUUGGAUUCCCAUGAGAAGGAAGAAGAGGAAUUGGAAAAAACUGGGUCGAGUUCCACUGUCACUGGGACUGAAUCGCUGUCUGUGCCUGAAGAGAAAAUAGUCUCACUUUCCCCGAAUGAAGAGGAGAAAGCUAAUAUGUGCGAUGAUAAGCACUCUGAAAAGUUUACGGAAGAGGAGAAGCAAACUGAAACUCAAAACCUUCCAUUGGAUAACAGUGAAGCUAAUCAAGAAGUUGAUUUGCCUGCACCAAAAGAUGAUUCGAUGCCGGGUGACGAUAUAAAAUAUGCAACAACAUCCAAUGCUGAUGUUGAUAAUGACUCUGCUGAACCAAAGGAUGCAGCUAAAAACGAUGACCAAAGUGAAGCACAAGAUCAAGGUGAAGAUAGAAAAUCAAUCUCUUCUGCUGAAAAUGAUCAAAAAAUACUAGAGGACAAGGAGAAAGUCUGUGUCGUAGAUACGGAAGUGGAGGAUGUUGACAAACAGUCAAUCAACGUGGAUACACGUGACGAAGAUAAGCACUCUGUUUCAUCGCUAUCUCCUGCAAGAUCAGUAGAGGACGUUGUAAAACGAGAUUCACAAGACAUUACUGAUAGCGGUAUGUUGAAACCAAACAUUGAGAAAGAGGACGACAACAAGCACUCCGCAAAUAUUGAUGUCAAGAGGCAAUCUGUGGGAUCAAUUUCUUCAGCAAAGUCAGAGAAAAUUACAACAGAUGACGAUGAUAAGCACUCUGUCAAAUCUGAAUCUUCCGAUAAACAUAACGUGGAUGUGGAUAAGCUUUCCGUGGGAUCAGUCUCCCCAGCUAGGUCAAUAGAAGAGGUUUGCGUUUCUGAGUUAUCCAAGCCUGUGGACUCCACGCCCCAGUCCCUUCUACCUUUGGACGAAGAUGAUAAGCAUUCCGUUAAAUCCAACGCUAGUUCUCAUCAUGAAGAUAAACAUGGUUUGGCUUCAGUGUCACCAGCAAAAUCCACGGAAGAGGUUUGCACCUCCGAGUUAUCCAAGCCUGUGGACUCCACGCCUCCCUCCCUACCUUUGGAAGAGGAUGAUAAGCACUCUGUAAAAUCCAACUCUGGUUCUCAUCAUGACGAUAAACAGUCUGUGGGUUCAGUCUCUCCAGCAAAGUCCACUGAAGAGAUUUGCGUUUCGGAGGUAUCCAAGCCUGUUGACUCGAUGGCUCGUUCCCUACAUUUGGAAGAAGAUGAUAAGCAUUCUGUGGGUUCAGUCUCACCAGCAAAGUCGACUGAAGAGGUUUGUGUUUCUGAAUUAUCCAAGCCUGUGGAUUCCACGCCCCAGUCUCUUCUACUUUUGGACGACGAUGAUAAGCAUUCUGUUAAGUCCAACGCUAGUUCUCAUCAUGAAGAUAAACAUGAUGUAGCUUCAGUGUCACCAGCAAAAUCCAAUGAGGAUUUGAAGCUGUUGUCGAAACCAUUGGAAGAUGAUGAUAAGCAUUCUCUGGGUUCAGUCUCACCUGCAAAAUCCAUUGAAGAGGUUUGCGCCACAGAGUUAUCAAAGCCUGUGGACUCCGUGCCCCAGACUCUUCUACCGUUGGAAGAGGAUGAUAAAAAUUCUGUUAAAUCUAAUGCUGGUUCUCAUCAGGACGAUAAACAUUCUGUGGGUUCAGUUUCACCAGCAAAGUCCACUGAAGAGAUUUUCGCAUCGGAGUUAUCCAAGCCUGUGGAGUCCAUGGCUCAUUCCCUACAUUUGGAAGAAGAUGAUAAGCAUUCUAUUAAGUCCAACGCAAGUUCUCACCAUGAUGAUAAGCAUUCUGUGGGUUCCGUUUCACCAGCAAAAUCGACUGAAGAAGUUUGUGUUUCUGAGGUAUCCAAGCCUGUUGACUCCAUGCCUCCCUCCGUACCCUUGGAAGAAGAUGAUAAGCAUUCUGUUAAGUCCAACGCUAGUUCUCAUCAUGAAGAUAAGCAUGAUGUGGGUUCAGUCUCACCAGCAAAAUCAAUUGAGGAGGUUUGCGCCACGGAGUUAUCAAAGCCUGCGGACUCCAUGGCUCAUUCCCAACAUUUGGAAGAGGAUGAUAAGCAUUCUGUGGGUUCAGUUUCACCAGCAAAAUCGACUGAACAGGUUUGCGCUUCUGAGGAAUCCAAGCCCGUUUACUCCCUACCUUUGGAAGAAGAUGAUAAGCAUUCUGUUAAGUCUAACGCAAGUUCUCACCAUGAUGAUAAGCAUUCUGUGGGUUCAGUUUCACCAGCAAAAUCCAAUGAGGAUUUGAAGCUGCUGUCUAAACCAGUGGACGAUGAUGAUAAGCAUUCUGUCAAAUCUGGAGCCUCUUCGCAUCACGAUGACAAGCAUUCAAUCGCUUCAAUAUCUCCGGCCCACUCUCUAGAAGAAUUAAAAGUCGACUUGCCUGAGAAGCAACAAGAAGUAAUCACUGAAAAAUCUAAGUCACCCGUCGAGCACGAAGGUGAGGAAACAGGAAUUACCACAUCGAAACCUUUGACUGAUGCGGAAAACAAGGACUCCGGGAAAUCAGAAUUGUCCAGCACGGACAAACACUUAACUGAUAAACUUUCAACUGGGUCUAUUUCUCCUGCCCCCUCGCAAGAAGAUCUCAAAGAACAAGUACAAGAACAUGUACACAAGCCCCCUGAAGAAGAAGAUGACGAUAAAGACCACAACUCAAUGGGAUCACCAAGGCCUGAAGAACCUCAGAACAAAGAGGCGAUAAGUGACUUACCAGAGCGAAAGCUAUCCAUUGCAUCCAACAAUGAACAGACGGAUGAUGACAAGCAUUCAAUCAAGAGUUCGAAAGAGGAAAAGGACCGAGACGAUGAUAAAUCAUCAUCUCCGAGUAGGGUCGUUGAGCCGGAAUCUGCACAAUUAAAUCUUGCCCAAACUGAUAAGCCAGACACUUUGCAAUCCCUUCAAUCCAGCAAAGCUGAGCCUGAAGAAGGGAAAGCGGAUUUGGAUAAAUCGCCCUCAAAACUCCUCACAGAGUCUGAACAACCCUCUGAAGAAGGGCGCCCAUCCUCCACAGAAAUGGAGUUUGACACGGAAAUUCUGCCGUCGGAAGCGCUUGCCCUUGUUCAACUUGGAGAAAAGUUGAUCACAGAAAGCAGGAAGGACGAAGUGGCUUCACUUAUCGCCAAUUCAUCGUCCUCCUGUGAACGAGCACCUGCAGACGAUAAAGCAGUGGGCAGUACUAGCGAAUGUAAUAAAUCUGAGAUCAAAGACAAACAGCAAAUUGAUUCUGUCCAUCCCGUUGAAGAGAAAGCACAGGAAGAAGGGGAAAUCGCUUGCGACUUAUUGAGUUCAUCUCCAUCCAUCCCACAACAAGAAAAGACUGUAAAAUCUGGAGAAGCCAAAGAGUUGAUCACUGAUAUUCCUGUCCAAGAAAAAAGUCCCCAAAUUGAAGAAAACUUGCAAACCCCUUCUCAAGAAAAGGAGGAUGCAAACGCACAAGAAACUGACGAGCCAAAGACUGAAGAUAUAAUAAAAGUGCCUGCAAAAUCAGAGGAGCAGCAACGUGUAGUUGAGACGCCUCAAGAAAAAGACAAAUCGCCCUCAGCACAACAGCAGCAACAAAGGUCCGAACAGCUUUCCCUUGUGGAAACGGACAAUGACGCCAUAUUUUCCCCGGGGGAUUCCAUCCGUACGGAAGAACUGGACAUGGCCCUUGAAGAGCAUCGGAGGCGCCUUUCCCAAGCCAAUUCGCAAGGGAUAGAUAUCAUUAUGGGAAACAUGUCAGAGGACAAGGUGGACAUUGAAACUUCUCGAGAGUCCCAAUUUGGGUCUGUAAAUGAGGAGCCAGAUGUGGAUGACAAGGACUGGGGUGAUGAAGAGGAGCAACCUAAGCUCCACUUUAAUAAGGAUGAUGGAGACGGUGUAUUGGGGGCGGCUGAUGAUGAAGCACAAACUCCAAUUCUCGUUCAGCAAGUCUUUAAAGAGAGUUCCCUUGAACAACAUGAAGAGAACAACAAAACCAGUGAGAAUAAGGAACAAGAUUCCGCCAAUAAGCAACGGCCGGUUAUAACUCCAUCCGCAAUUCCUUCAAAAUUUCCAAGAGAAUCCAAAGAAGUAAUUCGAACCCCAGAUGAAGUUGCAGACCUUCCAGUACACGAAGAAGUUGACCCCGGAAGCUACAAAGAGGACCAGGCUGGUGAAACCAAUAAAGUAAAGGAUGGAUUCCCGUCCUCCUCCUCCAAAGCAUUCCAACCAGAUGAGUUGAUGACCUCGUCCGCUCCCAAUACUCACAACAUGACCACUGCCACCUUCACCACGACGAGCAUUACAACCACCCACACAACCAAAGAUGAAGAAUCCCCAGCCCCAGAAAUGGACUCGACGCCUGGUGGCGUGUUCGGCAGUUGUGAGUCGGACGCUGGAAAAUUGGAAUUCCAUGAAAAAUCCAGAGAUUUCAACCAAGUGGAUCAACAGCUCCCAGAGGAGCAAAAAGUAGAGGGUUCCGCAAUGUCUAUGUCCAUCGUAGAAAAGAUUGACGCCGCCGUGAGCCCAGUGCUCGAAUCUUUGUUGACCAAAAGCGUAGAGAAAAGUUUAGAGCUGAACCAACAACAGCCCGAACUUGCCCGGGUAGAAGAUGAAGAUAAAAAUUCCACCACCGCUACUGCUACCACCACCACACUCAGUACAACCACUGCAAAGGAAAAGGACGAGUCCGGGGACACUUUGGUUAAAGGAGAAGAAAAUGAAGGAACAAUUCAGAGAGAUGAAGACCAAGAAGUACAAGCAACUGCAAAGCAUGGGUCAAAACCAAUAACCGGAGAGGAGAAAGUUGGCCAUGGGGCUGAAAAUAGUGAUGAUGAUGAUGGUGAUGAUGAUGUGCAAAACCUUGAAGGAGAGCAGAAGCAGCUCCAGGGUGCUCCACCACCACAAUUAUCCAUUGUGAUGAAAUCCACGACUAGUGUCGUAAUUACUCCUUCAACUCCACCCGUUUUCCCGACCACUGCGUCAGAACAAACGGAUAGCUUCAACUACGGAGAUGGGCAAGCGGAAAUAGGUCAACGGGAUGAAUCGCCCAUUAUUUCAAGUGAAGAUAAGCCUGGCUCGAGUGAUAAUGACAACGAGGAUAAUCGACUCUCAAAAGAAGAGAUGAUUACUGUCAAAGAGUCAGUCACAAUGACCACUUCCUCUCCUGCUUCACACAAACUUUUUCCAGAAGAGAAAAGUGACGAAUCCUCGACUUCGUCCGCCUUAACAGCCAUUGUGGCCCCAGGAAAAAGUGACGAAGCUCCGCCAGUCCCUGCAAUAGCUGAGCACGAGGAACCGAAAAAGCUCUUUUUCCUUCCGAGAGAUGAGGACGACGACGAGGAUGACGAAGAACAAAAUGAUAAUGAAAACCUGCCAGCAGACCAAGAACCAGAUGACGAUCAUCACGAAGGACUUCGUGGAGUUGAAACGGAGUUUAUUACUCCAGCGGCAGUGGGUCAUUCUGGAGAUGUGGACACAAUUGCAGACUCAUUUCAGGACGUUGUAGAGACCAAAUCAGUUUCCAAAAACACUGAUCUUCAUAUUUCACCUCAAUUUCCAUCCGAUGAUAAGAUCAAUAAAAUUUCCCAUGAAACAGUUUCCGAAUUAGAUGUAAUAACGACUCGAACACCUUCACCUCCUGCCAACGAGGAUCAACAGAAUGCUGAAUCUGGGAAAGAUAAAAGCCCCUUAAAGUCUGACCCGUUAAUCACAACCACCUCUCAACCAGAGACUGGCAACACUGCAGUGCUCCUCUCUGAAAAGCAGCAUCAUCCAGAGUGCUACCUAGAUUUACAACACCUCGGCGAAUGUCAAUUCCAUUCUGAGGAGGAAGGUUUGGCCAGCUCUCAAAAAGCGAGUAUUUAUGGAUCUCAAUCUGAAACAAAGUCGCCCCAAGCCAGUUCCCCCACAAGAGCAGAAGAAACUAAACAAGUAAUAAAGCAAGAUAAAGAAGAAGGCGAGAAAGAAGAGAGGUCCAUUCCAAUUAGCAUCACUUCUUCACUUCUUGAAACUGCACAGUCAGCCGUGUCCUCGGCAUUCCAAACGGCUACAGAAGCACUCGACGUGGCCCACUCCACUCUCGAUGAGGUAGAAAAGUGUGCGGUGGACAUGGCGGAUAAUUUACUAAAAGACGAGGAAGAGAUCAUUGCGGAGAAACACUUUUCGGGUUCGCUUGAGCAGUGCCCAAAGUCCUCCUGCGUUGCUGGGGUGGAGGACGAAAUUUGUAACGCUAUGAAGGGUGGACUUUCCAAAAAAAUUGAAGGUCAUGCAGAUGAAAAAGACGAGAAUGAGCCUGGAGUCGUGGAAGAAUUAUGCGUCAAAUCAGUUGCACCAAAACCGAUCGUUCCUGACCACUUUUUCGUGGAGGACUCGGACGAUGCUCCCAGAGUUGAGGAGGGCGUUCAUUUGGUGAUUAGAAAGGAGGUCAAGUCGGAGGAUAAGACAGUGGUCGAGUUAAGCGUCAGGAAGUUGGAUAACAUUGAUGAUGAUGAUUUAGUGGCAGAGUUGGAGGGACAAAUGGUUGACGUGGAGGAGAAAAACUCACCACAACAAACCCCAAUUGUUCCCGAUCAGGCUUCUCCGACUCCAGGAGUAGAAGGAGAGAAAGCCUUGGCGACAGGACCUGAGCAUAUCAAGUCGCCCUUCCUUGAGGAGUCCGAGUCACUCGUCGACUCUUCGUCCCAGAAACAUUCUUCGUCUACCAUGCAAAUUGUGGAAGAGGAGCAAAAGACGGUCAAGAAGCGAAAACAACUUUCGGACUAUAUUGGCACCAUCAAGGAAGCCAAAGCUGUUUUUGAAAAUCUGCUGAAAAUCGCAAAGUCAGGAGCAACCCUCAGUUCUGCUGUCGACGAAUGUAAAGAAAACGCUCAAGAGGCAAUACGACGACACUUGGAGGCUGCAGAAGAAGUCUACCGGCCAGCAAAGAAGGAGCCGGAAGACAUCAAUGUGGCAGAUUCUCCCGAGCCUGAAAUGGGAAUCACGGUAUACGAAUCAUUGGAGCAAAUGGCCAAGGCUGGAGUAGAGCUGUUCAGUGGGUUAGUGGAGAAAGUGGAAAAAGAGAUUGAGGAGAAAGCCAAACACGAGGGCGAGGAUGAAAAGGACAAUCCACCGGAAAACGAGGAUGGCGAACAGGAUGGUGAUGGCCAACGUCGGUCAUCCGCCGAACUCGCCGUCACCGCAGCUCUGCAACAUUUGCAUGAAACAUUUAAAACCAUGCAAACUUUAGGAUCCAGUCCAAAGCGGUCCUCAUCCUCUGCUGCACGAAGGAUUCGAUGUCACCACCAUGAUCACGACCAUCAUCAUUGUUCACACAGCCAAGAACUCCAACAGCAAGAGGACGAGUUAUCCUCGACCACGACUUCCUCAGCAAUAUUCUCCACCAACAGUGGAGCUUCUCCUCACCUGUCCGUUUCAGGACGAGGUGGUGAUGAAUCUACCACCCUUAAGUCUCCUGAUGAUGGUUCAGAGGGUGAAACUAUGAGAGAAAGCAUGUCACUCACCGAAUCUGGGGUAGUGUCUCAAUCUGAUGCUGAUGAGAACAUUUCGAAAUCGCAUCAUACUGUGGAACAAGUGGGUCAGGAGGGUCAGAAAAAGUCAGACGAGGAUUCACCCAAGUCCAAAUCCGAAGAAGCUGCUACCGUAGUUAUGAGUAGCUCGUUUAUCUCUGGGUCUAAUUUUGAACAAGAAAUUGAAAAAGUGGAAAGAUUUGAUGAAAGCUCAGAAUCCAAGAAAGAAGAGGUUAUCACUGAUUCUGGGAACAACUUUUCCAAAUCCGAAUCCACCUCAAAGUCUGGUCAGAUAGAGAGCAGCGAAUUUGCAAAGAAAAUGUCCAUCACUGAAGAGGGAACAAAAGUAGUUGUGUUGGAAUCAAAAUCCUCAUCAUCCUUCCAAGAAGAAAAGAAAGAGGAAGAAAAGGCGUGUUUGCAACAAAUUGAAAGUAGUCAUUCUGCAACAGGAAUAUCAUCCGAUGCUGCAAUCUCGGAAUUCAUUUCCCGGAAAAUUUCUUCAUCAACCGAGUCUGGCAGCAUUCUCACCCAACAAAGUGAAAGUAUAAAGUUUUCAGAGGAAGAAUUAAAAAAGAAAGUUGAGACAGAGUCGUCAUCUUCGCAUGCAAUUUCCUCCUCCUUCAAGGUGGUGGACGAGGCUGAGCAGUGUCUUUCCAGGUAUGAGGACUCCUCUGCCCAAAUGUAUAAAGACGAAUUUGGAGAUGGAAGUUUCCGUAGAUUUUCUUCCGUCGAUCAUUCUUCGCCAGGAGGGAAAACUAGUAAAACUGGGGAGCCUGAUCGCGUAGGAGGAAGUACAGAUCAGGCAACCAAUAAGCUGUUACGAAGUGCAUCAGAAGCUCAAGGAUCCGGGUAUUGCGGGGACAAUUUUGAAUUUACCCAGGAUAAUGCAGGUGUUUCUUGCGCGAAGAAAGGCGAGUACGAGCACGAAAGUAGCAAUGCAUUCUCAGAUGUGGGAUACGAGUCUCAUAUUGAAACCACUGAGGUGAAAGAUGGAGAUGGCUCAUAUUCUACGACAACGGUAACAAGAACCGAAAACCCCAAAGAUGGGUCAACGACCACCACGACCGUGACAAGAACGAUAAUUUCCGAAGACUUGGGUGGAUCAGGGUUAACAAGCAAAUCUUUCCAAAGUUCUGACGAUGACCGGCUCUUCAGUUCUUCUGGUGGUGAUAAGGAGGACUUACUUGGAGACUCGAUUGCUUCUUCCAGUCUUGCCAGCGGACUUGCUCCCGGUGAAGUACCUGCUACUACUACCACGACUACUACCACUAUUAAAAAAAUUGAAUCAGUACCUGGCGAGGAGGGCGACUCUGCAUUAAAAAUAGAGAAAGUCACAACCACAACAAUCCAAAAUGUCUCGAGCAUUGAGUCUGCAGCAGAACUGUUAUCAUCUCUCCCCUCCGACAUUGGAAAGCAUGUCUUCUCAAGCUCAUCCCAUGCUUUCCCUCAACUACAAGAAGAAUACUCCUCUGGUGAUUUUACCGACUCUCAACCAUCGUCCAUCCCCACCCAACAGGCUGAAACGGAUGAGGACGUCCAUAACUUUGACAUUCCAACGUCCGACAAAACCACAAGCUCCACCACCACAGUGGUAACGACUACGGCAGACAUGGACAACGGAAACUUUUCCUCCACCACGACAACUACAACAACCAAUGCCAAUCAGGACAACGGCAGUGUGACGACGCAGAGAGUGGUAACUACCACAUCCAGUUAUACUUCAGAUAAUGGGAACUUGAAUAAUUCGAGAGUUGAGGAAAUUAGAACUGCAAGUAGUGCUACCAGCGAAAGUUCGACCGCAACAACUGCUGCUGGUUCCGAGAUUUUGAAGGAUUGGGGUAAACCUUACGGCCUCCCGGUGGUUUACACUGAGGGGGAAAAUGGUGCUGGCAGUGCUGGCGGCGGCGGCGGCGGCACCGGCACCCCCAAGAAAUCAGCAUCUUCCACUUCCAAGACCGGAACUCCUGCGAAAACAUCCUCCAGUGGAGCAAAGCGGACGUCAUCCCGGAAAACGUCCCGACAUUCUCCCAUCUACGUGGACUUGGCAUACGUCCCCCACCACGGAAACUCUCACUACUGUGAUUCUGAAUUUUUCAGAAUGAUCAGGAGCCGAUACUAUGUUUUCAGUGGAUUAGAGCCGAGCCGUGAAGUUUUUGAAGGACUAUUGCAAGGGAAGCAGCAAUGGGAGGACAAGAAUUUGGAAACCACAAUAAUUCCGACAUACGACACGGACACGUUGGGAUACUGGGUCGUGGACUCGGAGAAAGAGUUGGCUGAGGCAAAGAUCGAUCUUGCGCCUUCUGCUUCACGAUGCACGAUCAAUUUGCAGGAUCAUGAAACUUCUUGUGCUGCUUACAGGCUUGAGUUCUAAUAUGUUAAAGAUGCAGAACUUGGCACAUGAUGAUGAUGAUCGAGGCUAAAGCAGCAGUAAAUACAGGAUACCUUCUACUUCUCUACUCUUGUUAGUACUUACUUAUUAACGUACAUAAAUGCAAAUGCAAUUCCCAGAGCUAAUUUCCGCUGAAUUGCUAAUAUCAAUUCCUGGAGACUUGGAACUUGUGUAGAAUUAGAUAUUUUAUCCAUGACGUGAAACGCAAUGCGACGAUAUAUUGCAAUUGAAUGACUAAAUAUAUUUAUGUGGGGACGUAUGUAGCAUUGGUGUAUAAGACUUAACGAUUCCAUUCAAUCUGUAAUAACUCUUUCUGUGUCUUGACUUCUAACUGGAGAUUUUCAUUUCAUUUCUAUUUAUUUCCUGUCUUUUCCAUGUCUCGUAAAUGCAUAGUUCCGUCAAUUCCCUAAUUUUAAGAGUGUGGGUCGUCUCCUUUUGACAAAAUACAUAAUGUCAAGCAGGGUGGAUAAACGUUACCAAAACUAAGUAGGUUUUAGGUUUAUGAAUGUAUUUAAUUUUGUGGCACGUGUCAUUAAUUUUCUUGGAUAAAGUAGAACGCCGAGAGUGUUGUACAUAUGCAUUAGCGAGCAUCAGUGCAGAGACAGAUAAAUAGUGACAAGACUGACACGAUCAUUUGUCGCCUCCACUCAUCUUUUCGGAUCGGGUUCAGACAUGGAGUUUUAAAUCACAAGAGAAGCGACUAUUAUACAAUUAGUACCUCACACACACAUAGUAUAUAUAGACACAUAUACAUAUAUAUCGUUGGAAUUAGGGUGUAAUUAUGUGUAUCAAAUUUAUCUCAACGUUGUAUGUUCACAUUUGUGCAUUUCAGUUCAGGCAAUUAAUUAUUUGCUGAAGAACAAAAUUAUCCAAUCAAAUCCAUAAUAGUCACAGUUUUAGUUGGGCUUUAACAGGGUUCUAGGAGUAGGCGUAGUCUGCUCUAGAUUGUCCUAUAUUAUCUACAUAAUGCUAUCUUCAUAAACAAUAUAAUAUGCAUAUGUACAAGUAUAGUAAUCUAUUGUUAAGGUAAGUACCACGAAUGCAUUUCUCAUUAGAUUAGGAAUAAACCAUCAUUGAUCAAUCAAUUAUGCUAAUUAUGCUACAAUGUUCAACGCCGGAUAACAAUAAGUCAAGUAAUUGCCUCACUAAUUUACUGCAAACAUAUAGAGAUAAAACUGAUGGUAUGUGGGUGGUCGUGAUCAUCAUCAGAACCAGAAGCUUAUAAAAGUGUCGAUAACAUUAAAAUGUUGGGGACGGUGGGUAGCGAAAUGAUUGACUACUGAUACGCAAUCGUUGUAGGUGUGUACAUUUAGUUUUUAUAAUACGCUAGCUCGUAUAAUCUAACUAUCACUACGAUAUUAUUUGAAUUGCAGCAUCCAAUCACUUUAUGAAACAUCAGUUGAUUAAGAACAAAUCCUUAUACUAUCCAAAUAUGUAAUUAUCCUGAGAGCUGAAUAGGACGGCAACAUUCGUAGGAAGAGUAUUUCUAGUGUCUGCUCAAUAGAAAGCCGUGAUAAGAAGUAGCGAUGUGGGUUUGGAUGGGGCUUGAUUUGACUAAUUUAGUCAGGAUCCUACAUCGAAUUUGCAAUUGUGCUUAUGAGACGGCAGCACCCUACAUAAUUCUUAAUUCUUCUCAUGUUGUUCUAUACAACUUUAAUGUUUAAUACUAUUUAAUACUUUAAUACAUAUAUCGCAUAGUCUCCCAUUUUUAGUCCAUGUGCACAGCUAAAAAUUCGCUGCCCUGUUAUGAUUUCGAUUUAAUUUGUAUUUUAUAGCAGGGAUGCAUAUAAAUAAACAUGUGUAAAAACUCUAAGCACUCUUCCCUUUAAGAAAUAAGAUAAAUCCACUGAUUCGUGUGGUGCUGGUUGAUGCCUUCACAUACUAUAAUUGGCCAAGUUGCAGAUAAUCUGUUGGGUGCGUGCCGAGAAAUUGAGGUUCACUAAUUAUGGGAUGAUGAUACAGCUAAAAUUAAAUUAUCAAGCCGGUUAGGAACGACUUUUCUUUGUAAUAAAUAAUCUCUCGUUGUCAUCAUUAAAUAAAUGCCUAUCAUCGGGAAAAGUGUAAAUAAUUAAGAAAUCUAAAAAUGCAACCCACGCCACUAAAUGCUAUCCAAUUGUGAAUAUUGUAAAUCCAUCCAGUCCACACUGCUACAUAAUAUAAUUGUCAAUUCUACUAAUAAAUGAUACCCCCUCAACUUUUAAUUUACAAAAUGGGAGAAUGUAAGACUCCAUUCGUUUAAAAAAAGCGAAUGGGUCAUGUUUGGAGCAAAAACCAAAAAGAUAGGAUAGGAUGAAAGCUUGUCAUAGCUCUUGAUACUGGAAUUGAAAAUGUGCGUGUAGAGUGCAUAAUAAAAUAAGUUAACUAUUGUUCCACGAGGAGUCUUAGCAGGAUCACAAUGAAGUCGUUUUAAUUAUUAUUAUUAUUAGAUAUUAAAGUUGCAUUAGGUAAUUUUAGCUCAUUCUAAAACUGUAAAGAUUGAUAAUCUGAAAACGCUUAAUAUAAGGAAUGGGAAAUAAUAUAAAAAUCAUCGCUACAAAGCCUUGUCGCGGCUGGCGGUUGAUAAAUAGCCAACAUCUCGGAGAUUUUAACUUUGUUAGCUGUAUUACGUAUUCUAAAGUCGUUUCAUUUUAACAACCACGAGUACUUUUUUAAUGAAUAAGAGAAUCGAACGAAAUGUCAGUCUGGAGUUUCGUCCAUUGACGAAUAAUUAAAGAUUUAAAGACUUUGGGUGUCCCAAGGAAAGUCGAGUGUGCUGUUGUCAACUUGUACAUACAUUUAUUAUGAGUAGUAUAUAAUUAAUAAAAUCUUCUUCUCAUAGUUGGGAUUACACUUAUUAAGAAAAUUACUGAAGCAAGUAUGCAAGUGGGUGGGUGGUUGGUUGGAAGAAUUAUGAAACCACUUCUGGUAGGAAAAUCGCUGUUAAUGAAGGGUUGGAAUUUUCCAAACAGAAUUUCAGAGAAAAAUUCAAGGAUAAAAGUUAAACGUGAACUGUGGCUCUUAUGUAAAAAUGGACUGUUAUUAUAUUUAAUUUUUAAAGAAAAUAGAAAAUAUAUCUUCCUCCAGGAGUGUCAUUAUGAAGCCAGCAGGAUAGAGUGGGGUAGUAGGUUAAGCUGGCAAUAUUGGUGUAAUGCCAGGGAUGAAGGUUCGUGAUCUGAUACGACGAAUUGACUGCUAUGAUCGGCUAGUUCUGCAGUAAGUACAUGAGAAAAGCAAACGUUUAAUCAUCUAUAGUAAAAAAAAACAUUAGGCGUUUAAAAUUUGAAGUGCGUCAUAAAACUGGACCCCUUCCUAAUAAAUAAAACUUUAAUCAGCGUCGCAUAUAAAUACACUAAUCUUUCUUGUCAUAUAUUUCACGCAUCAUUGAAAGAAAAGUACGAGGUGCAUGAAUGCAUUGCAUCGCUGACCGACUUGCGCUAGGUAGCUGGUAUUCACCAACAUUGAUAAAUGCAAAGUACUUAUCAUCAUCUGAAAGUGUGCUUACUCAAAACUAAGUAGUAGCCGAUAGUUUGCGUAACUGAACACCAGCCUGCUACGAUUGCUG